CCGGCAUUGAGCGCUCAGCGGCACCCCGGACGGCUGGCUACAUGAGGCACUCGGGGGCCCCCCUGGCCACCCGGCCCCGCGCGUCUCUGCCAUGAGGCCCCACGGGACAGCCCCGGCCUGGAGGGGCGGACGGAACGGCGCUCCAUAGCCACGGGAGCUGCUGACCUGCAGGACCCGGCCGCCACCUGCGCGCCGCCCUCCGGGACCAUGAAGGAAGUGGUCAGCUGGUCGCCCAGGAAGGUGGCCGACUGGCUGCUGGAGAAUGCCAUGCCCGAGUACUGUGAGCCCCUGGCACACCUGACCGGCCAGGACCUCAUCAACCUCACCCCGGAGGACUUCGCCAAGCCCCCUCUGUCCCGCGUCUCCUCCGACAACGGGCAGAGGCUGCUGGACAUGAUCGAGACCCUGAAAAUGGAGCACCACCUGGAAGUGCACAAGAACGGGCACGCCAACGGGCACGUCAGCAUGGGCACAGACGCUGUCCCCACCCCGGACAGCGGCUUCAGCGCCACGAUCCAAGCCAACGGGAUUCCCAACGGGUACAGGAAGGAGAUGGUCAAGAUCCCCAUGCCUGAGCUGGAGCGUUCUCAGUACCCCAUGGAGUGGGGCAAGACCUUCCUGGCCUUCCUAUACGCACUCUUCUGUUUCUUCCUCACCACAGUGAUGAUCUCGGUGGUCCACGAACGAGUCCCUUCCAAGGAAGUGCAGCCUCCGCUCCCGGACACCUUUUUUGAUCAUUUUAACCGGGUGCAGUGGGCCUUCUCCAUCUGUGAGAUCAACGGCAUGAUCCUCGUAGGACUCUGGCUAAUUCAGUGGCUGCUCUUAAAAUACAAGUCUAUUGUUAGCAGAAGAUUCUUCUGCAUAGUGGGCACGCUGUACCUGUACCGAUGUGUUACCAUGUAUGUCACUACACUCCCAGUACCCGGUGCGCAUUUCAACUGCUCUCCCAAGCUUUUUGGAGACUGGGAAGCCCAGCUACGGAGAAUAAUGAAGCUCAUUGCUGGAGGCGGCCUGUCCAUCACGGGCUCUCACAACAUGUGUGGAGACUAUCUGUACAGCGGCCACACCGUCAUGCUCACGCUCACCUACCUGUUCAUCAAAGAGUAUUCUCCCCGGCGACUCUGGUGGUACCAUUGGAGCUGCUGGCUUCUCAGCGUGGUUGGGGUCUUCUGCAUCCUCCUAGCGCACGACCACUACACUGUGGACGUGGUGGUGGCGUACUACAUCACCACAAGACUCUUCUGGUGGUACCACACGAUGGCCAAUCAACAAGUGCUCAAAGAAGCUUCCCAGAUGAACCUCCUCGCCAGGGUGUGGUGGUACAGGCCAUUUCAGUACUUUGAAAAGAACGUGCAAGGAAUCGUACCUCGAUCCUACCACUGGCCCUUCCCCUGGCCAGGAGUCCACCUUAGUAGGCAAGUGAAAUACAGCCGGCUGGUGAACGCCACAUAACACCAGGGAAAGAAGAGCCGUCCAAAGUGCUAAGAACUCGGUGAACGAAGAUGCCAUAAAGCAAACACCUCCCCAGUCCCGUUCUCUCAACAGUUACCUUGACCUAACCCGUUGACUUUUACCUGGUCAGCACUGUGAUCUUUUUUUCUCUCCAAAGGACCCGCGUUGGACACUAAUAAAGGAAACUGAAUCUAUCACGCCCUCUCCACGUCUCCUCUCCACCCGUUUGGGGUUCUCAUAACCUGCAGUCACCCCGUUUCCUCUGUACCUGACCAAACAGCCUAACUGUAAGCUUUUUAUAGCGUAAGUUCUGGUCUUUCCAGGCACAUCUGGAAAUAAAACAUAUUUUUUCUUGGGAAAACAUACUUUUCAUAGCUCUUGCCCCAAAGAUUGGGCUGUAAGCCAUUUUCUAGCAGACGUGUCUAUGAAGGUUUCUAAGCACCUGAAUGGGCUUUGAUUCUGAAAUCUUUCUACCUGUUGCACCAUCCUUAAAAUAAAAAUAACCGACAGAGAGAAGCUUGGUGAUGGUGGGUUUUGUGAAAAUCAGGAGAGAGAGUGUGUCAAAAAGUGCAAACAAGGAAAGAAGAAGAAGAAGAAGCAAAAGGAGAAGAAGCAAAAUAAGAAGAAGGAGAAAGCUUCUGUUAUAAGGCGACUUUUCUAAGUAUUUCCUAACUUUAUUUUUCAAAAUGAUGUUAUUAAACACCAAAUUUCAAGAUUUUUUACAUGUCAGAGAGAAGAGAGUUAAAGAUGCUACUUGGGAGAGAACUUUGUCUAAGUUUCUAGUGCCUUUCCUGUCUCGAUUGUAUGGUCAGUAGGCUACCUUAACUGUUCUUAUUUAAAAUGAAGUAUUCCACGAAGAUAUACACGUAUCUGUACACUACUGCAUUUUGCAUCUCUCGCUCAGCUAAGCCAGAGGCUGCAUACGGUUUCUCAACCGAGUUUCCUCUGAGCUGAGGAGCGGGGAGUGAGUGAGGAAGCCUGCCCUGCUCCCACAUAGAGCAGGUGACUGUAACGUAUAUAUAUCACUUGUAUUACUUUACCGCCUACUUGGUAGUUCAAUUUUGACAAUAACAAUGAAAACAGCCAUGAAUAUUUUUUAAAGAGAGUUUUGAAAACGAUCACUUAACUAAAACUUGAAAGCUCUAGUUAUCUAUACUCUCAUGAUGAUUUUGUUGGUGAACAUCAAAAAAAAAAAAAAAAAAAGAGAGAGAGAUCUAUUUCUUUAAGAUAUACUUGUGCAGAAACUGCAUGUAACUCCCAAGUUUUCCUCCUAACGAAAGUAUGUCAUGGGAAGCAUUCUGUACUUGCCAAUCUGGAGAACAAAAUAGUUUUUUCAGAAGAAUGAAGAGGCGUAUGUGUCCAUCCUGAAUUUUACAUGCAGCAGAAUUAUCUUCUGUAGGUUUUUUUUUUUUUUUUGGGUUUUUGUGUAUACACAAGGUGAUAUUUGUAUUGUAAAACAAUAAUGGUGAAGGAAAUAAAAAAAAAAAGCUUUUCAACUUUUGUUUGUUUUAAAUCUUUGUAAAGUUAUUAUUCCAGAGAGUAUACUGAUAUCUUAUGGCUUAACUAGAUCAUAAUUUAAUCAAAAUGCACUUUUUAAUAAAAACUGAUACUUAAAAUAA